AAUGAAUCCCACAUGAAGCAUGUGUAUUCCAGUACCGACAUUUUACAUGUUCCAACACAUGCCGUAUAAUCUGCUUUUUGGUGCAUAUUUGCAUAAUUCAUAAUUGCGCAUCUGGGAAGAAAUCGACAGAAAAGCGUCGGCAAAAGUAAAAUAGCUGAUUUAAAUGAGACUAAAAGAUAGCAGAUAGUCAUAACGUUAGUUUUAUUUAAAAUGAAUUUGCUAGAAACAGACAAAAGAAAUGUGUAGGGAAAUGCUUAUUGUUGAAAGUUUAUUUGGUGGCAAAUAACUCUCAAAAAGUCAGGUUUACACUGAUGAUUUCGUAGCUUGUUUUACGUAUGUAGCCGCAGAAAAGAGAAUGCGACGCAGAUUAAAUAUAGGUGUUAGGUGCGUUUUCCGUAUUAAACUAGAUCAUAUUGUUUCAUGAACAACUUUUUGUUAUAUAUAUUGAAUUAUCCUUUAGCCUUUAUAUCUAUAUAUCAUAUACAUACUCUAUCAUAAAAUAUUUAUUUUUAGUUUGUGCAUCACCGAAGCCGGUAUAUAUACAUACGCAGCCAUCACCUCAGUCUCCGGCAUGGUCGUCCUGUACUCGUCAAGUAAUAAAGGAUUAUUUGGGCUUGAAUGAUGCUUCAAUAGACGAUACGGCGGAUAAACCGGAAGACGAAAUACCAUACAAUAUGAAAAGCCCCGUUGCCGAGCGCUCUGUACCUAGCGAAGAGGAUGAAGUAAGCUAUUUGAAGUCGGCUCUAGAAACAGUCCCGUUUGAAGAUUCAAAUUACAGUACUUUUGAAGACUACGAAAAGUCAUUGUAUGAAAGUUUGUACGAAAUGAGACUUGAUCCCGGGGGUAUGUUACUCACACACGAGCAAAAUUAUAGAACCCUACCUACGAAGCUAAGCAAUAACGACCGUAGCAUCUUUAACCAAAUUCAGUCCGAAAUCAAUCAAACUCAGGAUCGAUUUAACUCAGACGCGAAAAUGGACACUAAAACAGCAAAUACUAACGCAAUAUCAAAGAAGAAAAUAAGUCGAAUACCGGUUCGAAGUCCAACACAACCAUCCAAAAUACCAAAGCGAGGAAGAAAUUGUAGGAUUGACGAUUCUGAUAAUGCCACAACACCGUCACGGAAACCUGUAGUGCAGUCCGGUCUAUUGGAAUUACCCCGAAUAAGGACUCUUCCUCGUCCAACGCGACGAAAAGAUCAUAUUCAUGAAGAUUCAUCUAAAACGGAAGGAUGGUUGAAUUACCAAGCAAAAACUGCCAAUCGAAAUUCAAGACUGAUUUCUCCGCAAACCAUAAUUUCAAAAUCAGGCCGAGGAUUAAAUUCUACCAUACCUCGCUACAGGGAAAUGAAAAAGCCGAACAUCGUCAAAGGUUACGCACGGACUCUUCCAAAUUCACCUCAGCCUGGAUUAAGGCGGAAUCAACAAUGGUGGCGUCCUUUUUUGUCAAGACUAGAUGAAAUACGGGACUUCUUCAUCGAUUCGCCAAAUAUCAGCCCAACGGAAGUAGUUCGAAGUGAUGUGAUUGGAUCAUUAGCGGAUGAACUGAGAAGCCUAUGCGAAGGUUCGCCUGAGGUAACAUGAGCAUGCAAUAAGAUCUUGCUUAUCAUCUUGCUAAGAUGACACCUUAAAAUUUCAAUCUGUACAUAGAAUGAUCUAUAUAACUUCAACUGCUUGAGAGGAACUUGCAUUAACAUCUAUAAUUGAAAUUUAUACAGUCCUAAACACAUUUCCCUCAUUCGGCUUGUGAUUGGAGCUUAGUUCGGGAAGAGUUAAUGCAUAUGCAGCACGUUUGUCUCAACUCAAUGUGCAAAAAAUAAGACCCCUGGUCCCGUAUUGCCUUUUGCUAUUGCUACAUUCGUUUUCACUCAUAAGAAUUCCAAGGUUAGGUGUUGCUUAUAGGCUAAGAUCGCUCGCUUCAGAUUUGCUGAAUGGCGUAGUUAAUUUGACGACAGGAAAUAACUGUGUCGCAAAUUACAAGUAAUGCAUAAUGUAGUCAACAGUCUAUAACGUCCAAGUAAAUAACUCAAAAUCUAAGAUAUGGGCUCUUUAACUUUAAAAAUGUUAUUGUCAGUAUACAGUAUAUUUCUGUGUUCGGUGUAGGGAAAACACCCCGCAAACAGUAGUGCAUGGCACUAAAAAUGGUGCCAAACUGGUUUGGCGAAUUGUAUUUGAAUAAGCACGUGUCAUCAAAUUGAUAAUGUUUUACCAUAAUUCAAUCAAAACCUUACUUAAUUGAUCCACAUUAUUAGGAAUACAAAUUGACAACUAACCCUUACACUUGCUAUCUAUUUCCGAAAUGCAAACGUAGUUGGGCGUAUCCUAAUUUUAUACGUUUUAAAUUAAAAAUCGAUUUUGCUCUGAAAUGCAAAAAACUAUUCUGCACCAUAUAUACUGAAUUGGGAAUAUUUUAACAAUAUCCUGAAAUUUGUAUUAUUUACUCAAUAUUUUUUGAUAAGGUGUGCUCAUAAGAAGUAUUGUUAAGAGAAAAGGCGCAAAUCGCUUUGUAUAAUUUUAUGAAUUUAACUCUUAUAAUAUACCAAUCUUGGCCCAUUCUUUUCUAAUAAAACCUUUGAUCGUAUAGCGGUAUAGCCCAUCACGCUCAGUUUGCUUUAGUUUAGUCUGCGAACUUUACCAUUAGACCAGUCGAAUUUAUUUUAAUUCCUUUAAAAAGCAAACACCUAUCCUUUUAGAUCAAACCGUGGAAACUAUAGACAUGAGUGUCGUGAACUGCGACCCAACCCCAAAAGUACAUUGUCCGACAUGAUAUUUCAUGUAAAUAAGUAACCGCAAGAAAUAACUUGUUAAUACGUAUUUUAGAUAGUAAUAAGUUAGUGCCACUUUAAUCCAUUUCAAAUACUGGUCGAAAUACUGCGUUGCCGUUGUCCGGAUCGGUAUGCCUACGUAAACUACAACAUUG